AUGUCGCGACGGCCCAACCCUGCCGCUGAUCGGGCGGAACAGAAUCGUGCGACGCUCAAGAACUUGGUGAAGCUUGAGGGCAACAAGACUUGCUCAGACUGCAAGAGGAACAAGCACCCACGAUGGGCCAGCUGGAACUUGGGCGUCUUCAUCUGCAUUCGAUGUUCGGGAAUCCACCGUGGUAUGGGAACACAUAUCAGUAAAGUCAAGUCAGUCGAUCUUGAUACCUGGACCGACGAACAACUCCAGAGCGUACUGAAAUGGGGAAAUGCGCGAGCGAACAAGUACUGGGAGUCAAAACUGGCGCCUGGCCAUGUGCCGUCGGAGGCAAAGAUUGAGAACUUUAUCCGCACAAAGUACGAGUCGAAGCGCUGGGUCAUGGACGGACCCAUGCCGGAUCCUUCUACUUUAGAAGCAGACGACGACGAUGUGCCAUUGAAGAAGGUUCAGGAGAAGGUCCAAAUAGAACGCUCAGCAUCACAACGCCUAGCCCAGAGCUCCAGCCAGCCUCCUCCCCCACAAAGACAGGCACAGCCUCAGCCAGCCAUCGACUUGUUUGGCGACGAUCCUGUUCCUCAGCGACCGAGCACCGGACCACCAGUCGCAGCGAGGGCGCCUCCAAAGGCAGAGCCAGCACCACCAAAGCAGAACAAAGCAGGGGAUUCAUUGUUAGGAUUGGACUUUCUUGGUGGAUCAUCGUCUGCAGCACCCUCUCGUCCCUCCAGCACAGGGCCCGCUGCUGCGGCACCAUCAAGACCGGACCUCAAGCAGUCGAUUUUGUCGCUAUAUGCCUCGAAGCCCGCAGCUCCGCCCCAACCACAGCAGCAUGCACGUCAAGACUCUUUCGGUGGAUUGGCGUCUCCGCAGGGACCGGCAUCGCCGUCACAAUCGGCCUUUGGUGGCAUGAACGAUGCAUUCAGCAGCCUGUCCUUCAACGCCGCUCCGGCACCCAAGCCCUCGCCGUUCUCUGGUCUCGAUAGCUUUUCGAGUGCAAAGUCACCGCCCUCCACAUCUUCAUCAAACAUGUUCGGUGGUGGGGGCAACUUCUUCGAUUCUAAGCCUGCUCCACAGAACCAGUCGCACAUUCGUACCAUGAGCCCUUCAGGUGGCUUGUCUGAUUUCAGCGCUUUCUCUUCGCCCGCUCCAUCUAAGCCUGCAGCCCCCGCAGCAAGCGGUAUGAACGAUUUGCUUGACCUAUCCAUGCCAUCUGCGCCGGCCCCUGCACCGAGGGUCACCUCCCCACCACUAGCAUCACCUCCUGCAAGCUCGACCUUCAACCUCUCUUCGCCUGCACCGGCACCUGCUCCCAAGGCUGCUCCCGCGCCCGCGGCUGUAAACUACUCAGGAUUUUCUAACAUGGACGCCUGGGGUAGCAAUGAUGUCUGGGGUUCUUCUGCCCCUAGCCAACCAGCAGCAACAACUACCACAUCGCAUGCUCAGCCCACCACUCCUGGCUGGGGUGCACCACAGGUAACACAAGACGAUGACUUUGGGGGUUGGAGCAGUGCUGCGCCCACUACCACGACGCAGACAACCACUUCUACACACACCACGACUACUCAAAGUAAGCCUGCAGGAGGAUUCGGAGGCGGCAGCGAUGACCUCUUUUCGAACGUCUGGGAGUAA